AUGAAAACAACCCAAAUUCUUACUGUCUUUCUCAUAGGCCUACUUCUCUUGGCAACACAAUCACUCUGCAGCAGCGACACCAAACAACCACCAAACAAGCCCAAAUGGGUGAAAACAGAGAAGCAAAGCAGAGGAGGCAGAGGUAGAGCCGGCAGAGGCCGUGGAAGAGGCGGAAGAUCGCCGUCGAGCAGCCGCUGUGACCCAUUCUUCCAGUACCUAUUUGGGAUCUGUGGGCAAUGGCCUUUCCCAACUUCCCCUUCGCCGGACAAUCCUUUCAAUCCGUCCCCUGCUCGCCGCCCUCCUAAUCCUCCCGGCACAAGGAUUCCUCCUCCUCUGCCACCACCUGUAGCUCCACCGCGCCUCCCGCCCAUUCCGCUUGUCCCUUCUCCUCCGCCGGUAACCCCUCCGCCCGUUCUUUCCCCGCCGCCUGCGCCCGUGGUUACUCCCUCUCCUCCACCUUCUGCGCCUCCGCCUCAAUCUCCUCCACCUUCUCCACCUCCGCCAUCGCCUUCUCCGCCGCCGCCGCCACCUUUAGUUCCUUCUCCCCCGCCACCUGUACCUUCGCCGCCUCCUCCACCGCCACCGCUUGUCCCUUCUCCGCCGCCGCCUGUAUUCCUGCCGCCUCCCCUGGUGGCUUCCCCACCACCUCCGACGAUCAUCCCAUGGUUUCUUUCCCCUCCUCCUGUCGAUCUCUCGCCGCCGCCUCUGGUUCCGAUAUUCGAUCCUCCGCCUGCAGACGAUGACUACACUACGGCUCCACCUCUGGUGCCCAUCCUGACCCCACCGGAAGAUGUACAACCGCCGCCUACAGAAAUGCCGCCGCCGGCAGAUCAGGACUUCACACCGCCGCCCUUGGUGCCCUUCUUGACCCCAUCACCACCAUCGGACGAUGAGGGGGUCACCCCCGCUCCACCGCUGGUACCAUUAUUCGAACCGCCGCCGGAGCAAGAAGUUCUGCCUCCGCCGGAAGAGGUCACUCCAACUCCAUUUCUACCGAUUUUCUCUUCUCCACCGCCGGCUUCGGAUGACGGAUUCGCGCCGGUGACCCCAGUUCUGCCAAUCGUUUUGUCGCCACCGCCAGUCGAUGAUGAAGGUUGGUUGCCGCCGUUUGUGCCAAUAACUUCGCCGCCGGUGCCUGACGUGACUCUGCCCAUGCCGGCGCCUCCCCUGGUGCCUGAAGUUCCAGCAGACUCGGAUCCUCUGCCAUUUUCAUCCACACCGCCGGCUCCGGAUAUCGAGCAGAAGACAGCCCCUUCCGUCACAUGA